UUCCCUUCUUCACAGUCUUUUUCUUUUGUCUCCCCAUUUUACCUCCACCACCAAACCCAAACAUCUCUCUCUCUCUCUCUCUCAAAAGGAAUUUCUGGGACUCUCCGCUUUGUCUUUUAUUUAUUUUAUAAUUUUAAAUUCCACCAAAUCGUUCAUUUUCACGCUAUAAAUACUCUCUCCAUUUCUCUCCGUUUCCUCUCUCUCUGACCAGGGAUUCUUUUGUAAUACCGAUUAAGGUUUGGAUGCUAAGCGACGAAGGAAAAUGACUACGCAACUUUUGGAGAUUCAACCAAAGGAACUUAAAUUCGUAUUUAUAUUGAAGAAGCAAUGCUCCUGCUCGGUUUCACUUAGGAAUAACACUAACCAAUAUGUUGCUUUCAAGGUUAAAACUACAUCCCCAAAGAAAUAUUGCGUGCGGCCUAAUGUUGGCAUUAUUUUGCCUAAAUCAGUAUGUGAAUUUACAGUUACCAUGCAAGCUCAGCGUGAAGCCCCUCCUGAUAUGAUAUGCAGAGAUAAGUUCUUAAUUCAAAGCACAAUUGUUCCUGCUGGAACAACUGAUGAAGACAUUACAUCAGCUGCAUUUGUCAAGGACAGUGGAAGAUAUAUUGAAGAUAAUAAGCUAAAGGUUGCUCUUGUCAGCCCACCUCAUUCACCAGUAUUAUCACCAAUUAAUGGAACAAUGAAUCAGGGAGUAGAUUAUGAUGCUUCAAUACCAAAAGAGCCGGUACUGAGUAGAGUUGGGGUUCUUGCACCACCGCAGAUGGUUGCCAAGGUUGAGGAGUCAAAGAUAAUAAAUUUUGACGAUUUAAAGCCAACAAAGGAUGUGGAGUGGAAGCCAAGGAAGGAUAUGUUCUAUGCUGAAGAUCUAAAGCUAAAGGAGGAUGCAGAGCUGAAGCCAAGGAAUGAUGGUGUUAAUGGUGAGGACUUAAAAUUAACAAAAGAUGCAGAGCUUAAGCCAAAGGAUAAUUUAGUCAAUAGCAAGGAGUUAAAGCCAGCAAAAGAUGUGGAAUCGAAGCCAGUGAAAGAUGUGGAAUCGAAGCCAGUGAAAGAUGUGGAAUCAAAGCCAAUGGAGGAUAUUCUUGAUACUGAGGAACUGAAGUCAGUGAAGAUAAAGGAGUUCGAUGCAUUGAAGGAUGGCGAGGUAAAAACAUUGAAGGCUGUGGAGGAGCUGAAGUUAGUCAAAGAUGUCGAGGAAAUGAAAUCAAAACUAAAUGACCUUGAAUCUAAGCUAGGCGAGGCUGAAGCUACCAUCGCAAAACUGACAGUGGAGAGUAGGUUAAGCACUCAAGAGAGAACUAUCUUACAAGAAGAACUAGCGCUAAUGAGGAAAAAGACAAAUCUAAGAAAAGUUCAAGUGGGAUUUCCUCUCCUAUUUGUUUGCAUGGUAGCACUCGUUAGUGUCUUUCUCGGAUGCCUUCUGCGUCGUUGACAAGGAAUACUUCCAUGUCAUGCAGGUUACCAGCAACAAUCAUACAGGGUUUGUUAAUAGUUAGAAAUCUGGAAUAUAAAAUACUUUCCUGCUCAUAGAAUGUGUGCACAGUACAAUAGGGUCGGCCAUAUAAGCAGAAAUUUGCAUGUAAAGGUUUGUGUUACCUGUUUGCCAAAAGGAAAUGAAAGAACAUACGAGGUUAACCCAUAGACUAGGAACUGUUUUUUUUUUUUUUGUGAUAAUUAUUAACUUGCUAUUUGAAUUCGUAUGAAACUUAUAA